AUGCCGCGGCGGCACUUCCAGGCCGACCUUCAAAAGGCAGCAGAUGGCGGAGUGUCGAUCGCGGGCAUCUCAGAUGUACGCCCUGGUGGUGAUGAUGGCGAGUUCACUUUCAUGUGCAUUGCAGACGGCCAGCAGCUAGAAAUCUCGGCCCUGGUUCCAGAAGUGUCCGAUUACCCUACUAGCCAUACCUGCAUGAUCUUCGGUGCCGACAGUGCCUCCGCCAACGUCGCUUCUGCCCUCAGCGACAUCGCCGAUGCUGCCUUCGGAAAGACCGUUUCCCAGAUUCUCGAACUAGUCUCCGCCAGAUUGGAGUCAACCGACCGCGAUGGCGACCAGCAGAUGCUCGACUCACAAGAAUUCGAUGAUUUCGACGAUGAAGACGACGAAGAAGACGAGUACUUCCCCGGCGACGAAGACAUGAUGUCGAAGCCACGACUCGCAAACGAUGGUACUGCGGUCUUGGGCGGUGGUUAUACUGAAGCUACGUCUGCUUUCCGACAACGCAUUCGGAGGGAUCUCCUGAUUGCCAAGAGCGAAGGCUUCAAGAUUGGGCAUCUUGGAGGCUUAAUGGACGGUCUGGGUUGCUAUGUUUCUCUUUCCAUCCGUAUAUCGAAACUGGGUAUCUCGGAAGAGGCUAUGCAAGCAUGGCAAGUAGAACCGUCAGAUUACCUUGUCGCGGUCUUCCACUACCCGUCAGGCUACAAGAACAUGGACGACUUGAGGUCGUACGAUGCGCAGCAAGCUCGAAGGAAUUUCGGAAUCCGCGUCGGUGUCUGUACAACGUACAAGCCAACGAUGCAAGAAGCUAUAUCAGCUUUCACAGUCUUGAGCAGAGAUCAAGAGAAGCGACGCGAAGAGUCACAACAAGGCGACUCUCAGUACGUCUCGACAGAAUUACCCAAGGGCUUUCGAAAUUCGUUUAUCUCAAGGCCUUUGAAUGAGCUACUAGAACAGCGCUUCCACAUGCUCCUCAAGUACCGUUACGGAGGCAUGCCCUGGCAAGGCUCUGAGUCGUUCUACAACGACCAGAUCCUCCACGCAUCACAUUCAGACUAUGACGCAUCGCACGACAAGUACUACGAGGAUGAGCGGGUCAGCGGUGCAUGGCCAAAGAUUGUCACUGAUGAUCACAUCACUACUUCAGUCGGCCAGGAACACUCUCUACCGCUUGUAGGGAUGCAAUUUGUGCUACGACAUUUUGUUCGAUGUACCGAGUUCUGUCUGAUCUGCUUCAGUAAGAUGCCUGAUGAUCUACAAGCGAUCAAGCCUUAUGUCUGUGACAACCCGCUGUGUCUGUACCAGUACAUGUCGCUAGGCUUUGGCCCCAGUAUCGAGCAUGAGAUCAUCUCACAGCCCAAAGUUGUUGAUCUUCUGGUUAGCUUCUGUUACGCUAGUGCGCGUGCCAAUCGACUGAGGGACUUUCCGACUGGUCUUAGCCUGGCAGUUCCGCCCUCAGUGUCGAAUGAGAUUGAUUAUGUCCGGAUUCAACCACCACAUAUCCAUGCAUCUCCCGCCAACCCUGCACAGCCAGUACCCCCACAAGUCAGUACAACACCACCAGCUGUGUUGAGGAUGCGAUACAACGCAGCCAACCUCGAGAUGCUAUUCGGCGAUGCGAAGCAAACCUGCCCCGUAUCCAAUGGCCACUGGAUUGUUCUUCGGACAGACGAAAACCCGAGCAUGGCCCUGCAUUGCCGUGUGAUCGAUGUGUCACUGUACCCAUCAGUGAAGGUAUCAAGCCCUGUCAUUCCAGUGAUUGGUGAGGUGUCGAAUGACCCAUACGUUAUGUCACGGCCAGGCCCGCCGCAACAGACGCAGCAGAAGACGCUGGCUCCGCAGCCUGGUUCAGAAAAAGAGUUCAAGUCUGCAAGCUUUUACAUCUACAGUCAAAACUUUGACGAUCUGGGUGACACCGAGAAGCCGCAGGCUAUAGCAACACUGCUCGACCUCCUACCACCUGUCCAAGAGAUGAGGAAGUACCUUUUACGGAAAUCACAGUCCACUCUGAGUGGUUGGGUCGACCGUCUCUCCCCCGCUGUUCUUGGCAUACUGCGCUGGGUCAUUGCCUCAAAUCGAGCUUGUAUCCUGCAGGUCGAUAGUGAGGAGGAUGCUUCAAAUGCUCGUAGCUUCGAGGAGCGUCUAUACGGUAUGGCCGGUUGGGCCCAGUUCCGGUUCGCUAUGGGCGCCCCUGACAAGGAGCGUCGUUUUAUCCAGGCAGUGAAGGAGACGACCGAGCGGCUCAACCUUAAAUAUCCUACUUUGUUUGCGUGGCAUGGUAGUCCUAUUCACAACUGGCAUACCAUUAUUCGGGAGGGGCUUCACUUCAAGGAAACUGCCCACGGUCGAGCCUAUGGCCAUGGCGUUUACCACGCUCCUGAUGUCAAUACUAGCAUAGGCUAUUCCUCGUUCGGUUAUGGUGGCGCUUCCUGGUCAAUGAGUGAACUGAAAGUCGCACAUACCUUGGCUCUCAACGAGAUUGUCAAUGCACCGAAGGAGUUUGUGAGCCAGAGUCCGCAUCUGGUAGUUGCUCAGCUUGAUUGGAUCCAGACCCGCUACCUUUUUGUAAAGUCGCGCACGGACACUACAGCAACCACAGACUCGGGCACCAAGCCUCUUCUUUGCGUUGACCAGGACCCAAGCCGCACACCUCGCGGUGUGACAGGUGACCUUGUUAUUCCGCUCCACGCUAUUGCUGCCUCUCGGCGUCCCAAGGCAAAGGCUACCGGGAAGCACAAGCGGCAGAAGACUACAGGGAAGACUCAAUACGACCCUAUUGAGAUUGAAGAUGAUGACGAUGUGGCUAGUGUCGCAACUCUCGACGAGGACCGCAUCAUCUUUGAGGGCGACGACGAGCACAAGCCGAUGCAAGAAAUCGACUCUCUUCCCACACCAAAUUCAAUUACAGGCGAUAAGGGUAAGUCAAAGAUGGCCGCUAUAGCGUCGUUUUCGUCGAAGAUCUUUGGCAAGUCAUCUUCUAGCAAGCCUCUUACCGACUACGUCCCCGGAACUCUGGACUACACGAAGCUACCUAUGCUUCAGAUGCCUGCAUGGGCAACAACCACUGCUACCAAGCGUCUGAUGAAGGAUUUCAAAGAUAUCAUCGAGAUCCAGAACAAGGAGCCGUCACAUGAACUCGGCUGGCAUAUCGACGAAGACAAGGUCGACAACAUCUACCAGUGGAUUGUGGAGCUGCAUUCGUUCGAUCCCACUCUACCACUUGCAAAGGACAUGAAGAGCAAGAACGUCAAGAGCAUUGUGUUGGAGCUGCGCUUUGGCAAGGAGUACCCUAUGAGCCCGCCAUUCGUACGCGUCAUCCGACCUCGCUUCCUCGGCUUCCAGCAGGGUGGAGGUGGUCACGUCACUGCUGGUGGUGCCAUGUGCAUGCAGCUUCUUACCAACGAUGGCUGGAGCGCGGUCUCCUCCAUCGAGUCUGUUCUUCUCCAGGUCCGCAUGGCUAUUUCUAGCCUGGAUCCCAAGCCUGCUCGUCUGCAGGCAGGUGCCCCUUCGGACUACGGUGUUGGCGAAGCGAUCGAGGCGUAUAUGCGUGCUUGCGCUGUGCAUGGAUGGACAGUUCCCGCUGGCUUCAAGGAGAUGGCUUAUGGUGGAUCAAACACUGGAGAUGGCAUGUACAACCCUGUCUAG